CCCAUUUCCCAUUUGCACCGAUUCACUGAUACAGUAUCUUCAUAUGCACUCGGGCAACUCUCGACUCAGUCUCUAACUCACCCAAAUUAUUUCUCAUUUAAUCCAAUUUCCAAACUAGAAAACCCUAGAUCAGUUAGCAGACAUGGCCGGUCAAUCCGAUCCUCACAUCUCUCUCUUCUCUGCCGAAGAGGUGGAAUUUAUGGCUGAAGAUGAACUAAUAGAGAUUGUGCCAAAUAUGCGAAUGGAUCCUCUCAAUUUCAUCUGUGGUGAUUUUGGUCCAUUUUUGCCUCAAAUAGCGACCCAGGUACCGCUAUGGCUCGCGGUGGCUUUAAAGAAGAGAGGGAAAUGCGCGAUUCGGCCUCCUCAGUGGAUGUCAGUUGAAAAUUUGACACGGGUUUUGGAAGGAGAAAGAGACACCCAAGGGGCAUUUCAGGCGCUGCCAUUUCACUAUGUGGAGAUAUCUAGACUUCUUUUCGACCAUGCGCGUGAUGACAUUCCUGACAUGUAUAUGGUUAGAUCUCUUGUUGAAGACAUAAGGGAUGUAAGGAUUCAUAAAGUUGAGACUAGCUUGGAAAAGUUCAGUGGCACAUCUGCGGUUAAAAUUCCAAAUUUAUCAGCUAUGGAAGUGAAUAUAAUUCGUCCAUUUGUUGGGAGGGCCCUGCAGGCGUUUUAUAAGCAUGAUAAUCCAGAAAAAAUACCAGAUGUAGAUAGAGCACCCAGUGGACAUACACGAGUAGCUAAUAAUGAGCCAAGACGGCCUCUGAGGAGAUAGCAAGUCAUUUUCAUUUUAGAUUCCUUUCCUUUAUUGAAAACUGGAACUUCAGCCAGGCAGCAUUGAAGGUACUUCAGUUCUCUUUGCAACGCUUUUUGGAGAAUCCUAGUUGGUGCUCUUUUCUUUGUAGUAGUGAAUUAAUUGCAGCAUUUGUUUUAAAUCCUUGUUGAGUAAAGUUGUUAACUUAUUGUAAUAGCCAUUAAAAUUAUUAUUUCCCGCAAAGCUGUGAAGACCUCAAUUCUAGUGGAUUAUAUUAAG